AUCCAUUAAUGAGAACUGUUUAUGCUAUUCAUUAUGAUAAUAAUAAACAUCGUCUUUAUGCAGUUAGUGGUAGAAAUGGAAAAAGUCGAGCUUUGGGUUUUACAUAUAGUGUUCAUCCAGAAUCGUUUGGCCAAUUGAUUGCUACUUGGGAACCAAAUGAUAAAUUUGGUGAACCACAUGAUUUGGCUUUAAGUGUAAAUGGUCGUUCAUUAUUCGUCGGUGAAAUUCGUCCGAAUCGUAUUGAUUCGUUUGAUGUUCUUAAUUAA